AUGGUGGAACAGCUGAAUGCAAAGAAACAUCCUUUCAUAAUGUGCAAUUUCGCUCCACCCGAUAUGGUCGGCCAUACUGGUAUCUAUGAAGCCGCCGUUAAAGCCGUCGAAGCAACUGACACUGCGAUUGGACGAAUCUAUGAGGCAUGCAAAAAAAAUGGCUAUAUUCUGAUGGUGACAGCCGAUCACGGCAACGCAGAGAAAAUGAUAGCGCCGGACGGUGGAAAGCAUACUGCUCAUACCUGCAACAAAGGUACUUACCAGAGAGAGCCUGGCAAUAACAAUAAUUGCCGUUUGCUCGAACUUUGA